CUCGCACCUUCCCUUCCAUUACAAGAAGAUUUUGUUUACCACUGGAAAGCCAUCACCCAUUACUACAUAGAGACCUCAGAUGACAAAGCUCCUGUGACUGAUACCAACAUUCCUUCUCACCUGGAACAGAUGUUGGAUAUUCUAGUUCAAGAAGAAAAUGAGAGGGAAUCGGGUGAAACAGGACCAUGUAUGGAAUAUUUGCUACAUCACAAGAUUUUGGAGACACUCUACACACUAGGAAAAGCUGAUUGUCCUCCAGGAAUGAAACAGCAAGUUCUGGCUUUUUAUACAAAACUUCUUGGAAGAAUACGACAACCUCUUCUUCCCCACAUAAAUGUGCAUAGGCCAGUGCAGAAAUUAAUCAGGCUCUGUGGUGAAGUUCUGGCAACACCAACAGAAAAUGAAGAAAUUCAGUUUCUCUGUAUAGUAUGUGCAAAGCUGAAACAAGAUCCAUACCUGGUCAACUUCUUCCUUGAGAAUAAGUUAAAAGCAAUGGCUUCCAAAGGAUCGGCCAGUGUCAUCACAGAAGACAUGGUAAAAGACCAAGACUCUGUAACAACAGACACAGGACAGCCUGUCCAUCCUGAAGAGAUGCCCAGUGCUGCUGGAGCUGAGCACAUGGGGGAAGAUGAGCUCCCACAACAGGCAGAUGAUCUCUCUUUCAGUCUGGAUGAACUAAAUGUCACAUCAUCACCUGAGCCCUCCACUGUUUGUCCAAAUCAAGACUAUAAUUUAGUGAAUUCUCUACUAAACCUCACUAAAAGUCCUGACGGCCGGAUAGCAGUGAAGGCCUGUGAAGGCCUCAUGCUUUUGGUGAGUUUGCCAGAACCAGCAGCUGCCAAGUGCCUGACUCAAAGCACUUGUUUAUGUGAAUUGUUGACAGACAGGCUGGCCACCCUCUACAAAGCCCUGCCUCAGUCACUGGAUCCCUUAGACAUUGAAACAGUGGAGGCAAUUAACUGGGGUUUGGAUUCCUAUAGCCACAAAGAAGAUGCAUCUGCUUUUCCAGGGAAAAGAGCGUUGAUUUCGUUUCUUUCUUGGUUUGACUACUGUGAUCAACUCAUCAAAGAAGCACAAAAGACAACUGCUGUUGCUAUGGCAAAAGCUGUGCGGGAACGAUUUUUCAUUGAUGUUAUGGAACCUCAGCUGAUGCAAACUUCAGAGAUUGGAAUCCUCACAUCAACUGCACUCUUGCAUCGCAUUGUUCGUCAGGUGACUUCAGAUGUCCUACUGCAGGAACUGGUGUAUUUUAUACUGGGAGAACACAGAGAGCCAGAAACUUUGACAAACAUCAACAGACAUCCGCUGCGACACAGGUUAAUUGAACACUGUGAUCACAUCUCUGAUGAGAUCAGCAUAAUGACUUUACGAAUGUUUGAGCACCUUUUGCAAAAACCCAAUGAGCACAUUCUUUAUAAUUUGGUUCUGAGAAAUCUAGAAGAAAGAAACUAUAUAGAAUACAAGCCUCUCUGUCAAGAAGAUAAAGAUGUGGUAGAGAAUGGACAGAUUGCUGGAGCAGUAGACUUGGAGGAAGAUCCGUUAUUUACUGAUCUGUCUCCAGAUAACACGUUGUCAGCUCAGGAGUGGCUCAGUGCUUCUCCACCUGUCAGUCCAGAACAUCCAAAAAAUGAUGGGAAGACUGAAGUCCAUAAAAUUGUAAAUAGUUUUCUCUGUCUUGUACCUGAUGAAGCUAAGUCAUCAUACCAUGUGGAGGGUACAGGUUAUGAUACUUACCUCAGAGAUGCCCACAGACAAUUCCGGGAUUAUUGUGUCGUUUGCUUACGCUGGGAGUGGCCUGGAUCUCCCAGAUCUUUGGAGAAGUGCAAUUUAGAAGCGCCAUUUUUUGAAGGACACUUCUUGAAAGUCCUGUUUGAAAGAAUGGGCAGGAUUCUUGAUCAGCCCUAUGAUGUGAAUUUACAAGUUACGUCAGUGUUGUCCAAACUGUCCCUGUUUCCCCAUCCCCAUAUACAUGAAUACCUGUUGGAUCCUUAUGUAAACCUUGCCUCUGGCUGCAAGUCUCUCUUCUCUGUGAUAGUCAGGGUGGUUGGCGACCUCAUGGUUAGAAUCCAGCGCAUCCCAGAUUUCACUCCCAAACUUCUGCUGGUCAGAAAACGCCUGCUGGGCAUGGAGCCAGAAGGGCCCAUCAUUGACCACAUGACGUUACUAGAGGGCGUGAUAGUGCUGGAGGAGUUCUGCAAGGAGCUGGCAGCGAUCGCCUUUGUGAAGUACCACGCCUCAGCCACGCCGUAGGCAGCCUUGGUGGAGCCAGGCUGAGCCACCACCUGGCUGGGUUCAGCCAAGGGUCUGUUGACAACACCCGGAUGAGAAGAGGUGGUGCCUCCUGGCAGCGUCAGAAUUGGAAGAGAAGUUCCUUUCACCAGAUGUUGGAUUGCAAGAGAGAGGGAUCCGAAUGGACCUAGAAUAUGAGUGAAGGCAUUAUUGGAAAAACCAAUACAUAGCAUUUCUAGCCACUGUGUGAAGAGCUGCAGAAGCUGCAUGAAGAACCACAGACAUCAGACCUUGGUUAUUCUAAUGGCAAUG